UUUUAUCUUUUCUUUGUUUUCUUCUUUUGUCUUUCUACCACUCUAGAAUUGUAGUGGAAUUUUCUUUCUUCUUGUUUUUCUCAUUCAAACUACUAUAGUUUUCAAGACUCUGCCUUUUUCCCCCUUCUCUGCUUAGCCUUUUCCACCUAUUUUUUGCUAUUCAGAUCUCAAGUUUUACACUUUGCUUUCCCUCUGUAAAUUUCUUGUUUUGUGGCAAAAUUCAGAAAGUAGCAAAGUUUUCUUGAAAUGGCCGGCCGUUAUGAUCAUAACCCUUUUGAAGAAGAAGAAGAAGUUAACCCUUUUGCUGAUGGCGGAGGCAGAGGGAAAUCUUCAGGGCAAUCAAAAUUUAGUGGAGGUGCAUUUUAUACCACAUCCGGGAGUGUGCCUCCAGCAACAAACUCCAGACUUUCACCCCUUCCGCCAGAACCAGCUGAUUUCUAUGACCGCAAUGCGUCAAUUGAUAUUCCUCUUGACAGUGCUUCGGACCUGAAAAAGAAAGAAAAAGAAUUACAGUCUAAGGAGAAUGAAUUGCGGAGGAGGGAACAGGAUCUAAAAAGGAGAGAAGAUGCUGCUGCACGAGCCGGCAUUGUUCUCGAGGAGAAAAAUUGGCCUCCGUUCUUCCCAAUCAUCCAUCAUGAUAUUGCAAAUGAAAUACCAAUUCAUCUUCAAAAGCUACAAUAUGUUGCAUUUACAACGUUCUUGGGACUUAUUGCAUGCCUAUUAUGGAACAUUGUAGCUACAACUACAGCAUGGAUUAAAGAAGGAGAUGUGAAGAUCUGGUUCCUUUCUAUCAUAUACUUCAUAUCAGGUGUUCCUGGAGCCUACUUCAUGUGGUAUCGUCCUCUGUAUCGUGCGUUUAGAACUGAGGGUGCCAUGAAGUUUGCGUGGUUUUUCUUGUUUUACUUGGUUCACAUUGUAUUUUGCGUCUUUGCUGCUGUUGCUCCUCCAGUAGUCUUCAGAGGAAAAUCCCUUACAGGCAUCCUGCCUGCGGUGGAUCUCAUCGGCAAAAAUGUACUUGUUGGGAUUUUCUACUUCAUCGGUUUUGGGUUAUUUUGUCUCGAGUCAUUGCUGAGCAUUUGGGUUAUUCAGCAAGUAUACAUGUAUUUCCGAGGAAGUGGUAAAGCCGCGCAGAUGAAGCAAGAAGCUGCUAGAGGUGCCCUUAGAGCAGCAAUAUAAUUGAAAGAAAUGUUCUUGGUAGAAGGCUGUUAAAUAUGCUUUUGGUGAUUAUAUGUUUUAGUUAGUUCAAUUUGACAUAUAUGCUGCUUGUUUUGCAUAUGCUUUUGGUGAUUAUGCUUUUAUUUAUGACUACUUAGACCAAAGUGCUGUUAGGAAAAAGAUUUAGAAUUCCUUUUGUUUAAUUGGAGACACAAUCUAUAUUAUGUUUAUAUUGCUAUUUUUGUCAUACUCAUUUCUUGUAAUAUGUUUCUUCUGAAAAUCAAA